GCCAUUCGAAAAGUGCCCUCACAGGUGCCGUGUCUCGGUAGACUCAGUGGACCGAAUGUACAUACUUCGAGUCUCCAGUGCGUAUACUCUGAGGAUCUGUAUUACUGCGAGUGAACGGAACCCAGAGAGCGGUGCAUAAACGCGCUAUGUAAAUGACGUUUUCGACAACGUGAGAGAUUUUAGAGAUAGGAUGUCUCAUCAUGACACCUGACGCGCUAUUAAUGGAAUGGUGCGAUCUCUGACCUUCCCCGAGGAGAAGGAUCCUCUCGGAAAGAAAAGAGCAUGGCUAAAGUAGCGCGUGCAUACGCCAAUCUGCUUCAGAAACACCCAUGGAAAACUCAACUGACGACAUCGGGGCUCUUGAUGUCAACUUCUGAUGUGCUCUGCCAAAAUAUUAUUGAGAGAGAGACUCCUUUCGAUCCGAAAAGAACUCUACGAUUCUUUGUGUUAGGCUCCUGUUGGGUUGGUCCUAUCAUUCGUAAAUGGUACAUCUUCCUCGACAAGAGGUUCAGCAAACCCUUGAAGACAGAGGCCUUGAAGAAGGUUGCCGUAGAUCAGCUCUUGUUCGCCCCGCCAUAUUUGCACAGUGUGUUAGGAGUACUUUCUAUACUAGAGGGCAAGGAUUCCGAAGGAGUCAAGGAGCGUCUUCGGAACGAUGGUUUCAAAAUUGUUCAAGCGGCAUGGUGUUAUUGGCCCGCUUCUCAACUGAUUAAUUUCCUGUUCGUCCCUCUUACGUACCGCUUCCUGUAUUCCAGUACGGUCGCUGUUUGUUGGAACGUGUAUUUCUCUUGGCGAACGAACUCUUGUGGUACAGAGAGCAUGUUGUUCCCCGAGUAAAGUUGGGCUUUUAGAAUUGACUAGAAACCAAUUAAUCAAUUGUGAAUGGGAUGUGAAUCAUGAGAGCUUUCAAGAAGCGCCACAAGGAUAAGUCACGGGAUUCUCGGCUCGACCUCGUGAGGUACUUCGCCUCGUUUCAGAGAUUGCAAGUCAGGAUUCCGGCUUCUCAUCACUGACUUCGGAAUCGAGUCUUGAGUGUCUCAAAGUUGAAAACAUUCGUCCCUGCCUUCUCUGCAGUACAGGGAUACCCCUUAUGUGAUGUCACGUUAUAAGUUAUGAGUUGUGAUGAUAAUUCUCGAGUGCACAGAGAGUGUUCUGAAAGCGAACUUGCAGGGAUCUGUCAAGAUCUUUUGAGAUUAAGAUUCACAAGUCGCCUUGUAUCCUAAGUACUUUGGAUGGAACCACACGAAGAGCUCCUCCGGAAUGUACAUACAGCCUGUUAAUGUUGAGCCCAUAAUAAACUGG